UAGAUAUCGUGGGCACCUAGGCCCGACGAGAAGGCCAUCAUGACCUAUGUCUCCUGCUUCUAUCACGCCUUCUCUGGCGCCCAGAAGGCUGAGACUGCAGCCAAUAGGAUCUGCAAGGUGCUGGCUGUCAACCAGGAGAAUGAGCACCUGAUGGAGGACUACGAGAAGCUGGCCAGUGACCUGUUGGAGUGGAUCCGCCGGACCAUCCCGUGGCUGGAGAACCGGGCUCCAGAGAAGACCAUGGCCGAGAUGCAGCAGAAGCUGGAGGACUUCCGGGGCUACCGCCGCGUCCACAAGCCCCCCAAGGUGCAGGAGAAGUGUCAGCUGGAGAUCAACUUCAACACCCUGCAGACCAAGCUGAGGCUGAGCAACAGGCCCGCCUUCAUGCCCUCCGAGGGACGCAUGGUGUCGGAUAUCAACGGGUCAUGGCACAACCUGGAGGGGGCGGAGAAGGGCUACGAGGAGUGGAUGCUCAACGAGAUCCGUCGCUUGGAGAGGCUGGACCACCUGGCUGAGAAGUUCCGUCAGAAAGCCACUAUCCACGAGUCCUGGACUGAUGGUAAGGAGGCCAUGCUGACCCAGAAGGACUAUGAGACAGCCAGCCUGUCGGAGGUCAAGGCUCUGCUGAGGAAACACGAGGCGUUUGAGUCUGACCUGGCCGCCCACCAAGACCGCGUGGAGCAGAUCGCUGCCAUCGCACAGGAACUCAAUGAGCUGGACUACUACGACUCCCCUAGUGUGAAUGCCCGCUGUCAGAAGAUCUGUGAGCAGUGGGACGCCCUGGGGUCUCUCACCCAGAGCCGCAGGGAGUCUCUGGAGAGGACAGAGAAGCAGCUGGAGUCCAUUGACGAGCUGUACCUGGAGUACGCUAAGAGGGCGGCACCCUUCAACAACUGGAUGGAGGGGGCCAUGGAGGACCUGCAGGACAUGUUCAUCGUUCACAACAUCGAGGAGAUCCAGGGCCUAAUCACAGCCCAUGAGCAGUUUAAGUCUACCCUCCCAGAGGCCAACAAGGAGCGGGAGGCCAUCCAGGCCAUUCAGGCCGAGGUGCAGAAGAUUGCCCAGUACAACGGCAUCAAGCUGAGCGGGGGCAACCCCUACACCACCAUCACACCCAAGAGUAUCGACGACAAGUGGCACAAGGUGGAACAGCUGGUGCCCCAGCGUGACCGGGCCCUGCAGGAGGAGCUGGCCAAGCAGCAGUCUAACGACCACCUGCGCCGCAAGUUUGCCACCCAGGCCAACAUCGUCGGGCCCUGGAUACAGACCAAAAUGGAGGAGAUUGGGCGGAUAUCCAUUGAGAUGAAUGGAACUCUGGAGGACCAGCUGGUGAACCUGAGAGAGUAUGAGCAGAGCAUCAUAGAGUACAAGCCCAACAUCGACCAGCUGGAGGGAGACCAUCAGCUCAUCCAGGAGGCUCUCAUCUUUGACAACAAAUACACCGCCUACACCAUGGAGCACCUGCGGGUGGGCUGGGAGCAGCUCCUCACCACCAUCGCCCGCACCAUCAACGAGAUCGAGAACCAGAUCCUGACCCGCGACGCCAAGGGCAUCAGCCAGGAGCAGCUGCAUGAGUACCGCACUUCCUUCAACCACUUUGACAAGGACCACAGUGGGGCCCUGAUGGCUGAGGAGUUCAAGGCGUGCCUGAUCAGCCUGGGCUACGAUGUGGAGAAUAACAAAGCGAAGCGCACAGGGCAGAUGGACAUGGACAAUUACCGCGCUCUGCUCGUUGCGACUGGAAACAGCCUGGGCGAUGCCGAGUUUGCCCGCAUCAUGGGCAUAGUGGACCCCAACAACAGCGGCGCAGUCACCUUCCAGGCCUUCAUAGACUUCAUGUCCCGGGAGACCACAGACACCGACACAGCCGACCAGGUCAUCGCCUCCUUCAAGAUCCUGGCUGCAGACAAGAACUUCAUCACGGCUGAGGAGCUGAGGCGUGAGCUGCCUCCAGACCAGGCGGAGUACUGCAUCGCCCGCAUGGCGCCCUACUCAGGCCCCGACGCGAAGCCCGGAGCCCUCGACUACAUGUCCUUCUCCACCGCCCUCUACGGGGAGAGUGACCUCUAGGAGCACACCACAGGGGGGAGGGAUGGGGACGGGAUGAGGUUUGGGGUGGAAGGGGGGUACAUAGAGGCUUGCCAGGCCCAAUGCAGAGCAGACACUCUCCACCCCUCUAGAUAUAGCCUGCAGUUACUGAGAGCAGUAGGAGGAGAGAAGAGGGGAGUGAGUCUGCAGCCAGUGGAUUGAUUGGCUCUGUAGAAGAGGGAGGGGCUGCAUGUGGAGAGUCCUGGGAAGUGAUUGGUGGACAGCUCUACUGCUCCCUCUAAGUUCUGGUCCUGCAGUGCCCCUGAGUGUGCAGGUUUUCAUCUCAAACUGGUUGGCUGU